GGCUGGCGGGUGUUUGCGUUGAAACGUGACCGUGGCCGGACCUUAAAGGGGAGGGAACAGAAGGAGACUGGAGUCCUUUAACAGGAGCGGGCUAGCGCCUGCCCCUUUAAAGGCGGGGCGUCCGGCGGACUGAAUCUGAGCCCCAGAUUACCCGGAGUUUCCGUCAGAGGGUGCUCCGAGAGGCUUCUAGGCUGAGUCCCGGCGCUCGGCGGCGGCGGCGGCGGCCGCAUCCCGGCUUCUCCUCCCCGGGCCGGAGACACCCACCUCCAGUCAUGCUGAGCGGAGUAUGGAAGCGGCUGACUACGAAGUGCUAUCCGUGCGAGAGCAGCUGUUCCACGAGCGGGUCCGCGAGUGCAUCAUCUCAGUACUUCUGUUUGCGGCACUCUACAUCCUCUGCCAUAUCUUCCUGACCCGCUUCAAGAAGCCUGCUGAGUUCACCACAGUAGAUGAUGAAGAUGCCAUAGUCAACAAGAUUGCGCUUGAGCUGUGCACCUUCACCCUUGCGGUUGCCUUGGGUGCUGUUCUGCUCCUGCCCUUCUCCAUCAUCAGCAACGAGGUGCUGCUCUCGCUGCCACGAAACUACUACAUCCAGUGGCUCAAUGGCUCUCUCAUCCAUGGCCUCUGGAACCUCGUUUUUCUCUUCUCUAACUUAUCCCUCAUCUUCCUCAUGCCUUUUGCAUACUUUUUCACUGAGUCUGAGGGCUUUGCUGGCUCCAGAAAGGGUGUCCUGGGCCGGGUCUACGAGACCGUGGUAAUGUUGGUGCUUCUCACUCUGCUGGUGCUGGGAAUGGUGUGGGUGGCAUCAGCCAUCGUGGACAAUAAGGCCAGCAGGGAGUCUCUUUAUGACUUGUGGGAGUACUACCUUCCCUAUCUCUACUCCUGCAUCUCCUUUCUUGGCGUCUUGCUGCUCCUGGUGUGCACUCCGCUAGGCCUUGCCCGCAUGUUCUCGGUCACUGGAAAGCUGCUGGUCAAGCCCCGGCUGCUGGAAGACCUGGAAGAACAGCUGUCUUGCUCAGCUUUUGAGGAGGCUGCUCUGACCCGAAGGAUCCGUAACCCCACCUCCUGCUGGCUGCCUUUAGACAUGGAGCUGUUGCACAGACAAGUCCGGGCCUUGCAGACGCAAAGGGUCCUGCUGGAGAAGCGGCGGAAGGCUUCAGCCUGGCAGCGCAACCUGGGCUACCCCCUGGCUAUGCUGUGCUUACUGCUGCUGACUGGCCUGUCUGUGCUCAUUGUUGCCAUCCACAUCCUGGAGCUGCUCAUCGAUGAUGCUGCCAUGCCCCGGGGCAUGCAGGACCCCUCCCUGGGCCAGGUCUCCUUUUCCAAGCUGGGCUCCUUCGGUGCCGUCAUCCAGGUUGUACUCAUCUUUUACCUGAUGGUGUCCUCAGUUGUGGGCUUCUACAGCUCUCCACUCUUCAGGAGACUGCUGCCCAGGUGGCAGGACACAGCCAUGACACAGAUAAUUGGGAACUGUGUCUGUCUCCUGGUCCUAAGCUCAGCACUUCCUGUCUUCUCGCGAACUCUAGGACUCACUCGCUUUGACCUGCUGGGUGACUUUGGACGCUUCGACUGGCUGGGCAGUUUCUACAUCGUGUUCCUCUACAACGCAGCCUUUGCCGGCCUCACAACACUCUGUCUGGUGAAAACUUUCACUGCAGCUGUGCGGGCGGAGCUGAUCCAGGCCUUUGGGCUGGAUAGGCUGCCACUGCCUGUCACUGGUUUCCCUCGGUCAUCAAGGAAGAGUUAGCACCAGUGACCUCUGUCUGGGGAAGGAAGGAGAAAGCUGGAUGCUGCCACCUGCUGCCCAGGCCUGGAGGGGAUCCCAGGGUGGUUGGACCUCGGGGCCUGGAAUCGGAAUGGGUGGCAGAGGGGAGCCGAGCCAUCCUCACCGUUGCAUAAUCUGAGCCAGAGUUUGGGACCAGGACUCUAUUUUCCAGACUAACUGUGGCCUCAGCACAGGGUAGGGCUGGGCGACCAGGUCUGGCUCUUGGUCCCAAAUCCAUCUACACAUCAACCUGCCUCACUGCUGUGUGGGCCCUGCCCAUGGCGUGUUUACAUGAUUUGCCGUGCAAUAGGG